AGCCGAGGUGAAACUGUGACUGAAAAACCUCUGCAGCAUCAACAUCAUCAAACAAUUGCCUAUUAUGUAUUCGAAUCGACAGCUUAUCAGAUAACGGCUGACUAACAGUGCAAAUCACAUAAGUGUGAUCGCAAAUACGGAUCCACCGUUAUUGUGCGAGUGCCGGCGGCCCAUUGACUCAGCAACUUUUAGAAGAAAAAGGCCUAAAAACGGCAAAUCUGCGUAAUUUCCCUACGGUCGUAACAAGAACUUUCGCAUUAUUGAUAUGCCGACGUUUCGCUACCACACACACCCAUCAUCUUCACACAUUUCGAUCGUCAUCUACUUAAUUUAUUGGCAUGCAUCAAGUGAAACCGAUUUUCCCAUUCAAGAACGUAGCUGUUGUCGGAUCUCUCACUCGCACACAUAGCAGCCAUGCGGCAGGCCAGAUGGCCAACGCAGUGCUGUGUUCGAACUUGAUACCUUCGCGGCUAAAAUUUUGAACACGGAAAAAGCUCAAAAAUAUUUUUAAAUGUCUUACUAGUCAAAACAAGACAGUUAUUGAAAAAAAUAUGUUGAAGAUUUUGCGCUUAUUAGGCCGUGUUCGAUACGAAUUUCGCCCUGGAAGCAUCUUGCAGCGGCAAACACGACGCUGAAGAUGCUGCCAUGCGUGCUAGGGAAACGUUUGCAGCACAGUCGUGUGGAAAUGGGAAAAUGAGCGAAACAACGCCUUGAAUACAGAUGGAUUACAAAUUAUAAACAAACCAUACACUCAAAAGGGUGCAUGUAAACGAGCUACUCACUUGAUCGAAAAUUGAUUGGUAGUACAGUCUAAUAUCCUCAUUGGUCAAAAGUCGUCCCGCCCCCAUUGUCCAAAAGACUUAUUAACCCGUUAAUUAGGUACACAAAACAGACAAAAAACUAACUAAAAAAAGUCGCUGGCGCGUUUGGUACUUAGUUGUGCGUGCGCGAGCGCGUCUGUGGUCACGCUGGUACGUGGGUGAACUAAAAGCCGACCGAAGACAGAAUCUGCGCCAAAGAGAGUUGGGAAAUCCCAGCUACGGGGUGCGAUCGAUUGCGUCCCAUAGUUGGACUUUUAAUGCAUGCGCAACGCGAGAAAGCGCACGUCCCUGACCUGGUGACAUCGGCGAUGCGUUCGGGGAAGUCGGGCCUAAAACGACGCCGACCAUUGACACGUUUUAGUAGCUGUGACGUCACAUUUUGCGCCAGUAGCGCUUCAAGAGCUGCACAAUUUGGCCACAAGUGUUAUUAACCACUGAUCACAAAUGGGACCUUCACGCAACCAAUGACAGAGCUGUCACUUUUUGACGUUGUCCCACUAGGGCACCGUUGCGCAAUGUGUCAAUCAACAACAACGUCAAUAAGAACAGUGACUUACGCUUCUACUCAGCUUCCUGAAACAAAAAAAAAGUAUGUCUGAAACAAACGUCAGCCAAUCCGGACCAUCAUGUCCAAGCAAGCCCACUUCGAUCAGCAGCUUCCCCGAACGGCAUGUAUCGAUGGUCAAAUAAAUCAUCCGAUCGUAAAAAGCGGCGAUCGGUGACUAAAGCGCGCAUUCCGGCGCGAUUGUCCCAAAAAUAAACGACUUGCAAUGAGCAAAAAAAAAUACCGUUCAACGUUACCGCCAACAUUCCUACCUUGUAGCUAAAGGUCGGGAUACGAUUGCCCAAUGCAUAGUUCGCAUCCUUUUCGCCAAAAAAAAUUCAACACCGUAUACCAGGGGUCGUCAAUUGGGAUCUAUCGGUGCCUUGACAGUCGGCCUUAACCUUGCUUCGGGCGUUUUACAGGUUAAAGUCAACACUGUGUAAUGACGCGUUUACCGGUUGCGCAGCAGAUGGUUCGGCAAACGUCAGAAAAUAUUAAAUGACAGGAGUAAGUUGUCAUUUGCUAGUUUAAGUGGCAAAGUGACAAUGUUUCCUCAUCCCGGCGGCCAUUUUGAACCUACGUGAUAACGGUUGAUAACAGUUGGCGUUCACUAUUUCCGAAUUCCAAUGAAUGACUGAAUGAACGGGCAAAAACGCAACAUUCCUAUGACGAAAUCGCAUUCUGAAAAUUAAUAAAUAACAAACGCACCUAUUAAUAGCCCACAAUUGCCCAAAAAAAUCGUUUCAUGUACCGCUAACGACAUAAUCAAAUGAAAAUUGCGCAGGGUCGGACUGUCACCAAUUUACAAACAUUUCGGUGGAUUUCGAUAGAAAAUGUCACAUGAGGAAAGUGUCGAUUUUAGCAAACAUGUCCCUAUCGUCCCUGUCAAAGUACAUUGUUAUUGCAACUGACAGCUCUUAAAAUGCCAAGAUUUGGCACAAAUGCUUUGGAAAGGGCUUUUGGGUUAGUUUGGGUCACCCUCAGGUUUCGGACGUUUUAGUCCUCCUCAGGUGCAAGCUAAAUCCAACUAAUAGGUCCGAAACCGGUCCUGGGGAGUUGAGCAUUCCAAACCAUUUGUGCCUCUUUUGUUAACCUACAUGUCUAAAAAACCCAUAACGACCUUAAUAAUAGGCGAAAAUACUCAGUGCUUAUCAGAACUAAUCCGUUUAUCGCACCUUUCACGAUCGAUAUCGACCGAACGCUUAGUUUUACGACAAGCAUUUACCGGUAAACAGUACUAGGAUCGAUUCUCCCCUCAAAAUGCCCACAAGCGAGCGCACUUUGAGCAAAUACCGAAGCAUUUUCGAGCAGUGCGAUACCGAUCAGAACAAUCUGAUAUGCCUGGCCGAAUUGACGGCCUUCCUGCGCUCCAAAGGCCACACCAACGAUCUGUCCGAUGAGAAAGUCUCGUAUGUUUUUAAGCUGGCCAAUAGGGAUGGCGACAAAACGCUCAACUUUGACGAGUUCGUCUAUAUGCUGGAACAUCCCGAUCUUCAGCAUCUGUUUGGGCAUUACAUGAACAACUACGUGAACUUCCUCAUACCGCAACACAAGGAAAAACCGGUCAGAGUGGUGCCGAAAGGGCGCAGCAUUCGCGUCGGCUAUGCCAAAACUGCGGCCACUCAAGUGGGCUUGCAACGCCGCAUUUCUAUAGAAUCGACAGAAAUUAGCCUAUUUGUCAAGGAGGAUGAGGACAUAGUGUAUGGCGAUCAGUACACCUGUUGUCCCCCACCCUUGGCUAUUCUGCUAAUUACGCUGCUGGAGCUCGCCUUUUUUAUUGUUGAUGAAUCCACGGAAGAUCCAGCUGUCGGCGAGAUCGGAAAGACUGCUCAAGUAUUCAUGUACGAACCCAGCAAGCGGCAUGAAGCCUGGAGGUUCCUAACCUACAUGUUCGUUCACAUCGGGUAUCUGCACAUCAUUGUCAAUCUGGUCAUUCAGCUAGUGUUGGGCGUUCCCCUGGAGAUGGUGCACAAAUGGUGGCGGGUUCUGCUGCUCUAUUUCGCAGGCGUGAUUGCCGGCUCUUUGGCAACCUCCAUUACUGAUCCGCGUGUGAGACUGGCUGGGGCCAGUGGCGGCGUCUAUUGCCUUCUCACUGCGCACAUCGCCACCAUCAUCAUGAAUUGGAGCGAAAUGACGUUGCCCUUCGUCCAAUUGGCCAUCUACUUGAUUGUGGUGUUUGGCGAUUUAGGCAGCUCGAUAUACAACCGCUACUACUUGGAGACGCAGGACCAAGUUGGGUACACUGCGCAUCUUGGAGGCGCAGUCGCCGGCCUGCUGGUGGGCAUUUAUUUGCUGAAAAACCUCAACGUGAAGAGCUGCGAACGGUACUUGUGGUGGGCGGCCGUCAUCACCUAUGGGGUUUUGAUGGUCACGGCCAUUUUCCUCAAUGUGAUGCUUCCCCAUCGAUAUCCGGCUCGAGUCUGACCACUAAUAUAGAGCUGUUUUUUGUAAUUUUUUUAAAAUAUAAACAAUUCUAAUAAAGUUUUGGA